UGGGACGGGUGAGUGGGACCAGCCAGACUGAGCCAGUGCUUUACUCAACUGUGUAGAGGUAGCGUGCCACGUGUCAAUAUGGCUUCUUUUGUAAACGUUGAACCAAACUCGGACUUCCCUCUGCAAAAUCUGCCUUACGGCGUAUUCUCAACAUGUUCAAAUCCAACACGCCGCAUUGGAGUCGCGAUCGGGGAGCUGAUCCUCGACCUGUCGGUGGUGGCGGGGCUCUUUGACGGACCCGUGCUACGGCCGCACCAGGACGUCUUCAGGCAGACGACCCUCAACAAGCUGAUGGCGCUCGGGCGGCCCGCGUGGACCGAGGCUCGCCAGCGUCUGCAGGCCCUGCUCAGCGAUGCACCAGGACCUCUGCGCGACGACGCCGACCUUCGUGCUAAAGCGCUGGUGCCGCAGUCGGAGGUCACGAUGCACCUGCCAGCGGACAUCGGCGACUACACGGACUUCUACUCCUCCAUACACCACGCCACCAACGUGGGCAUCAUGUUCAGGGGCAAGGAGAACGCCCUCAUGCCUAAUUGGAGACACCUGCCUGUGGGUUAUCACGGCAGGGCGUCGAGCGUGGUCGUAUCAGGGACGCCCAUCCGCCGCCCUGCAGGACAGACUCGCCCCGACGAGUCCCAGCCGCCUGUGUUCGGUCCCUGCAAGCUGCUCGACUUCGAGCUCGAGAUGGCCUUCUUCACGGGGCCUGGCAACGACCUCGGCCAGCCCAUCACCAUGCAACAGGCGAACGACCACAUCUUCGGCAUGGUUCUCAUGAACGACUGGAGCGCUCGGGACAUCCAGAAGUGGGAGUACGUUCCCCUUGGACCUUUUCUAGGGAAAAACUUCGGCACGACCAUCUCCCCGUGGGUGGUGACUAUGGACGCCCUCAAGCCCUUCAGAGUUGACAACUAUGCGCAGGAGCCGCCAGUUCUGCCCUACCUGCAGCAGCAGGACAAGAACAACUUGGACAUCGCGCUCGAGGUCGCCAUUAAACCUAAGGAAGGCGGUGAUGCAGUGCGUGUGUGUAGCAGCAACUUCCGCUACAUGUACUGGACGCUGCAGCAGCAGCUCGUGCACCACACCGUCAACGGCUGCAACACGCGUCCCGGCGACCUCCUCGCGUCCGGCACCAUCUCAGGCCCGACGGACGACUCGCUGGGGUCGAUGCUGGAGUUGUCGUGGCGGGGCAGUCGGGAGGUGGCGGUCGGUGCGGGGCGGACCAGGAAGUUCCUGCAGGACGGCGACGAGGUCAUCAUCUCGGGCUACUGCCAGGGGCCGGGCUACAGGGUCGGCUUCGGAACAUGUGCUGGCAAAAUAAUACCAGCGCUGCCUCUGUAGCUGGAGCACAGCGUCUGUAGCUGCCAGCACCACGUCUGUAGGUGCCAGCGCUGCCUCUGUAGCUGGAGCACAGCGUCUAUAGCUGCCAGCACCACGUCCGUAGCUGAGCUGCUAGCGUCGCCCUCACAUUCGUCGUAAAUAGUCGCUUCUUUCAUUACAUUUUUUGGUCCUUUUUCAAAUUGUUCCUUGAAAAAGAGUAAAAGCCUCAAGAUUGUGAACGUUCAGAUAAGGCAACCGGCGAGUUUCUUCUUAAGUACAAUCUUAAGCAUCAAUCCAGCAAACAUUCGGCAGCUGUGAGCGACUUCAUUUCUUUCUUAGGUCUUCAUUUCUAUAGUAGAAGCUCGCAUAUGCUCGAAACGUAAAAGAAUGUCUAUUUUGCGUCAUUGUUUGUCAAUAUUACUUUCUAUUAUUGGCCUGCUGACUUGAAACUUUACAGAAGAGGACUAUGUAAUCGCUCUCAAAUAAACUUAGUGUUUGAAGUUAUUCAGCGUUGCCAAAGCGACCUGAAGGCUCGUCUUAUUGUAGCAGUUCUAAGUUGUUCGAUGUGUGACGGCCAAUGAGCGCACUUUUUGGGCUUGUCUGAGCAGGUGCUCCGACUGUCGUGUCUGUCUCAGAUGUCUGUCUGAACAGGUACUUGGUCUGUCGUGUCGGUACCAUAGGUCGGAGUACGACGUAGGCUUAGAUUUUAAUCUCGCACCACCAGGGCAGCAUUUGAGUUCAUCAUGCCAUCGGUGAAGCUUCUAAGCUCAUCAUGCCUUCUGCGUAGCUUUGAGCCCAGGCCUCAUGCUCAGUUUUUGUUUUUGAACUCAUGCCUAAUGUUCAGCUCACUGCACCUGCUCUCUGUUUUUGUUGUGUGAAAUUAAUAAAAAAUUUGUAUUAUCCUUA